AGUAUUCCGCUGUGAAAUAAGCGUGAAUGGGUAUAUUUGAUUGAUUUAAAGAAAAAUUCAACCACAUGGAUAUAUAAGAUAUUUGUUAUUAAUUACUACAAAUAUAAAAAAGAGAACUUUUAAGACAUUAAAAAUUACGUACCUUAAAGUGUGAUUCUUCGGAUACUACAGCAUGAAGAUUUUGCAAUCGCUGAAAGAAAUUUCAUUGAUUGUAAUUUUCAAAAAGACUAAAUUUCAAUUUAAAUGCAUAAUGCAUUACGUAUUAUUUACGUGAAAUAAAAUUUUGUAAAUUUUUAAUUAUAAUUUUUAUAAAAUGGCGCAGCUAAUCCAAGAUACAAAUAUUACCAGCUCUGUAGCAUUUUCUAAAUCCUUACAAAAUGAUGCAAUUUCAGAUAACGCAUUGGAUGAUAAAGGGCAACUGUACGAGAAGGAAGAGAACGAUGUUAUUUUAAUACACGAAAGCUGCAAUAGAAAAUUGGGAAUUAGCAAGAAUACCGAAGUACCAAAUAAUAAAUUACAUAGUACUAAAUCGUUCCAUAAAAUAUUCUCACGACUUGUUACAUUUAAUGAAAAAAUGCAUUCAUCUAUCGGAAAGAAAAACUUUCAAUUUCUGGAACAAUUGCUUUCCAUCUAUAUCAAACUAUGGUUGAAAUCUCUUCUCCGUAACAUGGUAGCAGAAUUUUGUUUACGCAAUAUUUUAAAAUCCAUGGAAACGAAUUACAUUAUGACAUAUGAAGUUAUUAAAUUGAAAAAGCAUAUGAGUAAUACGUUAACAUUUUUUCAUUUUUAUUGGCAUGAAAUUAAGGAGCAUAUAAAGGAUCAUAACUGUUAUUUAAACAAAUUAUCAGUAUUAUUGGCCAUAUAUGUUGAUACAGAAUUGAAAACUUCUAAAUGUAGUAAAGAUCCUUCUAAGAUAGCUGCUAAACUUUUCAAUGUGUUAUGUAUAUAUUUAAAUCAAUCAAGAGAGCAUAUAUUUAAGGUAUUACUAAGAAUUAAAUUAAUUACUAAAAGAUAUGCACAGAUUUGUGAUUAUAUAUUCUCUAAAAGUUUUAAUAAUUUAAAAAAAAAUAGAGAAUCUAUGACAGGGGUCAAAUAUAUCAGAUAUUUAUUUACCUUGAAGCUUUGGAGACAAAUAAAAAAAGAUUCGGAGGAAGCGAAAAAAAUAGAUGAAUUAGCCGCAGCUUUAUUAGGAUCACAUAUGCCAAAGAUGCAUGUAGACUUAUUGAAACUUGUACCUAAAUUCCCUCCUAACUGUACAAGUGAAACCUUAUGGUUGAUGCAACCGAACUUAUUUGAUCUAAAACAAGCAUGCAAUGAUUUCCUGAUACUCACGGAAAACAUGGAAACGUCUGAAUGUGUUCUAUUGCCUUCCACAAUAAAUACUACAAAAGUGCACAAUUAUACAAAUUCAGAGAUAAAUAUGAAUACUAACAAGGAUAAAGAAACGCACUCCUUGAGUUGUAAUAAAUCUGAUAUAAAUCCGAAAACAGAUUUAGAUGACAAUAAAUUGAAAGAUAAUUCCAAAAAAGAUAAUAAUUCGAUGCCAAAUAUAAAGCCAGGAGAGAUGAUAGUUAUUAAUUUUUGUAAAGACAACGAACAAUCGCAAAAUUCUCUUAAAUCAUUGAUCGAUCGUGAUAGUUUUUGUAAUUCGUUAAAUUUAAACGAACGAAUAAUAAAUUCUUGCAUGAUUAAAAAAUGUGUAGACGAAAACAGUUUAAACGCCGAAUUGUGUAGUGAAAAACCAUCUGUGAAUAUUUUAGAUUCGUAUAUACAAAGAAACAAAAAUGAACAGUUCGUUAAUCAAAAUAAAUCAAUCGAUAGAUGUAUAGAUACAGUUGCAUUUGGUUUAAAUGCAAACGCGAAAGAAGAUUAUGAUUAUUUUUCAUUGGAUGAUAAUGGUUCUACAUCAAUAUAUAAAAAUAUUUCAUCUUCGUAUUCGUCAUCAUUAGUUAUAAACUCUGAUUGCGAAUUCAAUGAUAUGAAAAUGGAACAAGUUUUUGAUUUCCAAGAAGCAGAUACAUUAAAAGAAAGUAGUUUAACAAUGUAUACAACAAAUCAUACUUUAUUAGACAAAGUCUGUAUUUCCAAAGAUGUACCUUUAAGUGAUUUGCCGGUACAAAUGGAAGACUUAGUGCCAUCAUAUAAUUGCAUGUCAACGUCUUCAUUGCAAUUAGACUUGGAAUUACUACCACCAGGAAAGUUAAUAGAAAUACCUAAUUUAUCAUUAUCUUUCAAUCAAUACGAUUUAGUAUCAAAUAAUCCGAUUGCUUUAGAUUCACAAUCUAUAUUUACCGAGAAUGAUAAUUUGAAUAUACAUCAAUUUUUAAAUAGAUUACAAUCGGUUGACCCUCUUGAAAGAAUACAACAAAAUAUAAAAAUAUCUUCCGAUUAUGAUCAAUUAUAUGCAGAUCAGGAUAUAAUAGAAGAUAUUAAUAAUUUUUCGAAACAAGAAUCAAUGGAUUUAAAUAAAAUUUUACCACUGAAAAAACGUAUAUCAAAUAGGUAUUCUGUAAUUAAAAAAGAAGAUAUAUCAAGUGAUUCCAAUCUCUUGUAUAAAGUAGAAUCGGAAGGAAAUAUCACAAAGUCUGAUCCUCAAGUUGCCAAAAUACUUCUUGCCCAAGAUGAAUCCUCGAAAGAAACUUCAACGAAGAUCUCUAUAAGACCAAAUAUCAGAAAACUCGAUAUAACAUCAUAUAACGAAGAAACAUCAGUUAAGAGAAGAAAAGUUACGUCUCAACUUCUACCUCUAGAUGCAAGUAGAGUUUUGUAUUCAACAAAUACACACAGUCAGAGUAAAGAUUUACUUUCCGAAAAGAAAGGUAAUUUGAUAUUACAAAUAAUUAAAGUUUUGAAACUAAUAUCAUUUUUAUAUUGUGUUAAAUACUUUACAAUAAUAUAUACAUAACUAUUGAUAUUUCGAUGACCUUUACUCAAUACUUUUUAACGCAGAAUAAAAAAAGGAAUCGAAUAGUGUAAACAAAAAUAUAAAGUUCCAUUUAAAAAAAAAGUGCAACUGCAGUGCAUUUUCAAAAAAAAAUAAGGUCAUAGAAAGUUAACAUUUGUUGUGUCAUAUAAUUUUUUCCUUUAUGAUUUUUUUCUAUUGUUACUUAAAAAAAAGUUAUUAUCUGUCUCCGUUACAAGAAUCACCCUGUAUAUACAUUUCGUUAUUUAUGUUGUUGCUAAUUCAAAUUAAUAUGCUUUGUUAUAAAUCUUUUUAUUGAAAAAUGAUA